AACUCAUCGCUUCAUAUUGCCGAUCACAGGCAGCAUAUGACACAAGUAAUAACAUCCCUGUGACAAUCAGCUGAUUUUUGUUUAUUUCUUCAUAAAUGAAAUAUUUUGUUUUUAAUAUUCCAUUUGCGGCUAAAAUGUAUAGAAUUUUGUUAAAUUACUUAAAUAAACAAGUACGUUCAAUAAGACCGAUGACCAUAAGUACAAACACUACUUUCCAAGAACCGGAAAAUAAUUUUAUUACGAAAGUGGACAAAGUUGAAUUAAGUUUUACAAACGACGAAACUAAUAAUAUAUUGAACAAAUUAAAUAGCCUAACACCAAAGGAGUUUACAAGCUACAAAAUAUCAGCAGCGCGAGCAAGUAAAAUAAUUGCUUGGCGAGAACACAAUGGACCAUUUACAGACCUUAAAAGUAUUCGUGAUAUCGAUGGAUUUGGAGUUAAGGUAGUGAAUAAAUUUUGUGAGAAUUUAUUAAAAGAGCCAACAUUAAAAAAAGUUAAAACGAAUUCACGUUUACGUGCGAGUUCAUUCUUAACACCCAAUUUAAACGAUGAAGUCAAACAAAACAUACGGUCAUCAGUGGCUAUACGAAUUAGUGUAUCAAGUUUAUCAUGGUCCCGGUUAGAGCUUCCAACAACUUUAAAUUCAUCUCCUUGCUUACUAACAGAUUGGCAACAUUAUGAGAUUCCAGAAAAGAAGCUACAUUUAAGUGAAUUAGUUCAAAGUUGCUUAGGUGCCAUGGAAUUGAUUCCUGAAGCAGAUUGUUAUAUUUUUGAAAAUCCUCAAACAGCACAACCUACCACAAACCCAGGUAAUGCGGAGCAACAGAAUAUCAAUGUGCAAAAGGCACAAAUAAUAGCCAUGUUAAGCUAUGCGCUGAGGUCAAGAGGGAGUCACAGCGAAGUCUUGAGCAAUGAGACAAAAAUAGUUUCAAAUGGCAAAGUAUAUUUCUUACGCCGCUUUUUGGCUGCUCGCAUAUUUAAUCACCUUGUAGGUACAGAGCGUGUGUCAACUGAGGAAACUUUACUGAAGUUAAUGCGCAUAAAUUAUAAUAUUAAAAAUAGUCUUUAUACUGAUGAAAAUAGUACUGCAACAGACUCGGAAACGCUGGAAAAUCUUAACGGUGCGUCAAUAUCACGAAAUGUGCAGUUUCCACAGAAUUUAAGAGAAAUGUUUUCUGAAGCUGAACGAUACCGUCGAGAAUUUUUAGGACAAGCAUUGCUAAUGAAUUUAGCUUUUGUGCGACUUGUACUAUUGGAAGAUCCAGAAACUGUUGAUAUUAUUAUGCGAAAUCAAAAAAAAAAAUAAUAGCAGCAUAAAAAUUAAGUCUUCGUUA